AUGGUCUCGACGCAAGAAGCAAUGGUCUGCACGUCGAACAACGUUUUAACGUCGACGAUUGCCUCAAGUCAAAACAACGGCGCUUCGAGAGCGCCCUCAGACUUGACUGACAGUCCCGUAUCAUUGACCCCACGAAAUCAAGGGCAGCUGACGCCUAGAUUAUCCUCUCAGCAGCUGCUGCAGCUGAUACGAAACGGCAACGGAGUCGGCCAGGAUCUUAGUGCAGACGCAGGCAAAGAGAACUCGAGACCUUUGGCCGGCUCUGGGCUUUUUUCAGCAUCCGUUUAUUCGGUAGACUCGAAUUUAGAGCCAAAUGACUCCGAUGCUGAAGAGAUUACCUCCGAUAUCCAUCCGACUCAUCCCGAACAGCAAAGCGUUUUGCUUCAUGAACAACAACUCUACAACGAACAGCAUCAGCAAAGGCUGCCUUCUUUCGGAAAGACUUCGGUGAUUCGAGAGACGAGCCUCGCUUCGCAAUACCUGCAAUCUCAGCAGACCUCGCAAUUCAAGCAAGCAAUCGGCAUUAAUGUCAAUGGACCGCAGGAUUUGAAGGUUUAUUCCUUGAAACAGGAAGUUGGCUACUCGAAUCCGGAAGAUCAAGAAGUAUCGUUCUCAAACGUAGGUUUGAAUAUAAUACCAGGCCUGAACAUACCGUCUUCGGCCGGCCUCAGUAUUCAUCCGAUUAACGCUUCGUCAAGCGUGGCACACGUCCCAAACAUCCAGACCCUGUCGAAUUCGUGCUUGGGUCUCCCCCAAGGAACCUCCGUGAACGUCUCGUCGAAUCUAGGAACGUUUUCAACACCCACAUCAUCGUCCUCUGUCAUCAUGGAUCCUCAGCAUCUCUACCAGGUGGCUGCGGCUCAACAGCUCGUCUCGUUGGGUCAGGCAGCUGCUGCGGCCCACGGUGGCCAACCGCCUCCAGUAGCGGGCCUUCAACUACUUAAUUACGCGAACCAGAACAACUCUAACGCAAACUCGAAUAAUGGAAGCAGUGAACACAAUCUAGCCGUAGCAUUGGCUACGCAAAACGCGGGCAACAACGGCGAAAAGUCGUGGCCAUGUCCAUCAUGCAGGAUUCCUUUCGCGUCAGCGAUCGAGCUCCAGGCUCACCUUACCACGCACACUCAGAAGCCGGGGCAGGUUGAAGGACGUAACAUUCCGUGCGAUGUGUGCGGAAAGUUGUUCGCGACUCAGGACCGUAUGAAAGCCCACAUGCGUUCAGCACAUCAAACUGAUAAGAAUUGCUCGUGCAGCAUCUGCGGAUCGGGUUUCAGCUAUCGCUGUAAACUUCUGGAUCAUAUGCGAACGCAUAGUGGAGAUCGGCCAUUUCAUUGUGAUGUCUGUGGGCGAGGAUUCUCACAGAAGAACCACCUCACUCGACAUACGAUGAUUCACACGGGAGAACGGCCUUUCUCCUGCGAAUUCUGCGGCAGAGGCUUCUACAGGAAGGAUAAACUCACUAGACACAGGCGCACACAUACUGGCGAAACACCGUUCAUCUGCCCGGUCUGCCAGAAGGGCUUCUACCGAAAGGAUAAGCUCAACGGCCACAUGCGCACGCACACUGGGGAGAAGCCGUUCUACAGCUGCCUCAAGUGCGGCCAGGCGUUCUCGGCCCUCAAGUGGCUUCAGAAACAUAAAUGCACAAACGGGCCAACAGCUAAUGGGCAGCAACAACAACAACAGCAGCAACAACAACAACAACAACCCGCUGAAUCACCACCAACAUCUAGCGCACAGCUCCCUACAACACAUGCAGGGCCAUAUGCACUUCCAACAUUCUUGAAUGCAGCCGCUCUGCAGCAAGUCACUCAACAGGCCCAUCAGGCCAGUCAACAUCUACAACAGGGCGGUCGAGUCCCAGAGGCCUCGGGGGGCUCUCCCGGGAACCCCAGUCCACAGGGUCCCGGACAACCCCAGGGCCAGGAUCAGUGCAGUCCCAAUCCCGCGACUCCUCGGAGGGACAAGAAUCAAUCUCCGCCACCCGGAACACCGCAGGGGAACGGCGGCCAAAGCAGCAGUCAGAACACCAGCGUCCAGGAGAACAACCUUAUUCAAGCGGUAGCGCGUCAGGCUCUCCUUCAAUCCCAUCAAACAAACAGCCUCUUGAAAUAA